UUUAUUUCCAGCAAACACACUUGUCAUCCUUGAGCCGAUCUGACUUUGGCAGCUACAACUUCUGGUAGUCUGCCUCAGCAAACUGUGACACGAUAUCACGGUUACAGCUCGAAGAGAAAAGCAGAGUACGGUAAAAAGCGAAAAGGAGGGAGAAUUGGGAUUUGGGAAGAGCAGAAAAUGGGAAACUCUCAGUCGAAUUCCACGAAUCCACGCUUUGAUUUAGCCAAGAGAGCUUUCACAGAGCGGAAGUUGGAAGACCUGAAAUCCUUGUUCGAUUCACUAGCUGCACAAUCACAGAGCAAUGGAAAAUACGUUUCUCCUUCUGUUUUCAAGGCGUAUAUUGGAGUUGAAGGGCCGUUGGGUGAUAGAAUGUUCGAUUUGGUCACCCAGAAGCGUAAGGAUCAAAAGCUUACAUUUGAGGACCUUGUGAUUGCUAAAGGAACCUAUGAAAAAGGGACAAAUGCUGAUAUUGAAGAGUUUAUCUAUCAGUUGUUAGAUGUCUUUGAUGAUGGCGUUGUUGGAAGAUCAGAUCUUGAAGCUGUCUUGACUGCGGUACUAAGAUACAUAUCUUCUCAUGAGAGCCAUCAAUCUGAAUCUAGUUCAGACAGGGAAGUUCUCGACAUUUUCCUCAAUGCUGCAAAUUUAACAACGGAUGAUACAAAAUGCGCUGAAAGUUGUAUGUCUUUUGAGGAAUUUAGAAGUUGGUGUGCCCGUCUUCCAUCAGUAAGGAAGUUUCUCGGAACUCUGUUGUCUCCACGUGAUUCAGGCUCUGAGGUUCCUAUGCUAGUAUACCCGGAGAACAUUGAUCCUGCUGUAAUAUUGUUAAGAAAGGAAUAUGCUUGGCAUAUAGGUGGGGCCCUCCCACAAGACGAGCUGCAUGAAUGGAGACUUUUGUAUCACAGUACAGUACAUGGCCUAAGUUUCAGUACUUUCCUGGGGAACAUUUCAAAUGACAAAGGACCAACCUUAUUGGUAAUUAAAGACAAAGAAGGCUAUAUUUACGGAGGUUAUGCAUCUCAGCCAUGGGAGAAGCAUGCUGACUUUUAUGGGGACAUGAAGUCUUUCCUCUUCCAGCUAUACCCAAAGGCAUCGGUUUACCGUCCUACUGGAGCGAACUCUAAUUUACAGUGGUGUGCUAUACAUUUUAGUUCUGAGAGCAUUCCCAAUGGCAUUGGUUUUGGAGGACGUGCACACCAUUUCGGCUUGUUCAUCUCAGCUAACUUUGACCAGGGGCAUACUUUCACCUGCACUACCUUUGGCAGUCCUAGCUUGUCAAAGACCCACCAAAUCUAUCCAGAAGUGAUAGAAUGCUGGGGAGUUGCGAUAAAAAGAGCUCAAGAUAAUCAGGAUAGACUUCAAGGUACCGUGUUAGAAAGAUUUAAAGAGGAUCGCCAUAUGCUUAACAUGGUUGGACUUGCAAAUUCAAGUGAGUGAUGUGCCUCCUGUACUUGCUUCUUCUGCUCAAUUAGCACAGUUUCGAGAGUUUAUUGUCUUGCGUGUAAUUUAAUAUUGUAUCGUGUUAUUACAAUGGAAGUGAGUGCAAAAUCACCAGAUGCUCAACCCCGUGUACGCGUACAUAGCAUCUAGAGUGUAAUUUAAGGUUUUGCAAUCAUUACUAUCCCUGGAGUCAUGGCAAAUUUCUUCACGCCUUGCUCCUAUCAUUGUUAAUUGUCAUUUUGAUGUAUUAUUGGCGUAUGCAGAUU